ACCUACCAGCCAUAAAAUCACAAUCAAUGGAAGAGAGUGCAUUAACUUUGCAUCAUUUAACUUUCUUGGUCUCCUCGACCAUGAGAGAGUUAAGCAAAAAGCUUUGGCAUCUCUGAAGAAAUAUGGUGUGGGUACAUGUGGUCCAAGAGGCUUCUAUGGAACUUUCGAUGUUCACCUGGAGCUGGAGAGUCGUCUGGCCAAAUUCAUGAAAACAGAAGAGGCCAUCAUAUAUUCGUAUGGCUUUGCAACCAUUGCUAGUGCAAUCCCUGCCUACUCCAAGAGGGGGGACAUCAUCUUUGUGGACGAAGCAGCUUGUUUCUCCAUCCAGAAGGGUCUUCAGGCGUCCCGCAGCUUCAUCAAAUACUUCAAACACAAUGACAUGGAGGAUCUGGAGAGGCUGCUCAAGGAGCAGGAGCUGGAGGACCAGAAGAAUCCUCGUAAAGCUCGAGUGACCCGGAAGUUCAUUGUAGUGGAGGGGCUGUACAUCAACACUGCAGACAUCUGUCCUCUCCCUGAACUGGUAAAGCUGAAGUACAAGUACAAAGUGCGGAUCUUUCUGGAAGAGAGCAUGUCUUUUGGUGUUUUGGGAGAACAUGGCAGAGGAGUCACAGAACACUUUGGGGUCAAUAUAGAUGACAUUGACCUGAUCAGUGCCAAUAUGGAGAACGCUGUUGCCUCUAUCGGAGGCUUCUGCUGUGGACGAUCCUUUGUCAUCGACCACCAGCGUCUGUCGGGCCAGGGCUACUGUUUCUCUGCCUCCCUGCCUCCCAUGCUGGCUGCUGCUGCCAUUGAGGCCCUCAACAUCAUGGAGGAGGAUCCAGAUAUUUUCACUGUCCUGAAGGAAAAGUGCAAACAUGUUUGCAAGGCUUUAAAGGGAACUCCAGGUCUGAAGUUAGUAGGAGUACCAUUUGCCCCAGCUCUUCACUUACAGCUGGAGAGAAGUUCAGGCUCCAGAGACUCCGACAUGCAGCUGCUCCGCACUAUUGUAGACUAUUGUUUGGGAAGACAUGUGGCCCUGACCCUCGCUUGUUACCUGGAAAAAGAAGAGCGGUUCCUCCCCCCACCCAGCAUCAGAGUGGUGGUCACCGUUGAACAUACGGAGGAGGACAUUCAGAAGGCCGUGUCUUGUAUCAAAGAAGCAGCUUCAGCUGUCCUGAAAUGAUGUGUUUUUUCUACUGCUAAAACUAAGCAGACAUCACUGGAGUUUAGAUUUCUCACUCACUGUGAUGGGAAUACUCUCAUCCACAGACUGUAAGCCAUGCAGAUUGAAUGUGUCAUGAGCAUCUUUUCUGACAAAUGCACAUUAAAUCGCCUCACCUUGCUUUUGUUUGUCUCUUAAUAAUUAUUUGCCUCAGUUAUCAUGUGUCAUAACAAUAUAUAACAUGUAGUAUGAUUAUUAAUGUGUAUAGCAGGACUGUUGGACUUGUCUCUCUGAUGUGAAAAAUAAUGGCCCCCAGCCACUAUUAGAGAAAGACAGCUGCAAUGAUAACUAGACUUGAUCUCUACAGACCAAAUGACUUGUUUUUAUGUACUGACCAAAGAGGAUACAUUGUGCUCAUUGAUUUCAGUCUACUAGCACAUGAACUGUACACUGUACCUCAGCACUUUGAGGUUUGUGAUUUUAUAUGCCACUGGUCAUUUUACCACAGAAAGUUUUUCACCUGGAUUUCUUUCUCCUUUGUUUUUCAAUAAAGUUACUUCUGUUUUGUUGGAAGUCAUGCAUUUCUGACUGCUUUAUGUUCAUGAAAUGUAAAUAAAUCUGAUCUAAAUUUGA